UGACAUGACUUGUAUACAUUACAUAUUGUAAACCUAGGCCUAGUGUUGGUGAACACAAACGUACGUGCGUGCCUGGCACUUCUUUUAGUUUUUUGGUCUCUUAUGAUCGUAUUGAUAAAAAAAAGGGGUUGCACGUGUUGGGGAAAGAAAAUCUUCAGUGUCAGUCAGCACUGGGUUCUUACGAGAAAUACCGAAAAGGAAGAAUGAUGUUUAAGUUAAGCCGCCAUUUUUCAACAACGCACGUGGACCGUUUGUGCACGAUCGCAAGUAGUCUACAUGUACAUGGAGGUCUGUCGGCUUUGCCAUGUUUGCGAACAAGAUUUAGUGAUGUUGUAGGAUGUAAGCAUAGUUUUAGUGUUACUUCUUUCCGAAAAUUGCGUCUGAAUUGCUGCAGUGAGCAUCCCCUCUGGAGGCAGAAACUUGCUAGGACAUCAUCAUCAUUACUGACCAGUUGUGACCGGUCAAGCCAAGUUUUCCAAAGUAGGCCUAGGCCUACAGGUACAUGUAGGCUUAGGCCUAAGCCCAAGCUGCUCAUUCCUGAGCCAACUUCCUCGAUAGGACAUUCGUUGAUGGGCCAUGUAGGAUUGGGAUUUGGCCAGUGGAGCCCUUUGCUGACUUCCAGUGUGUUGAUGCAGCAGAAGCGGUACUUUUGGAAGGGGAGUGGCCAGGAAGGGUCAGGACAGGAUGGAGAGGAUGGGGACAAUCGUGACGAUUCCUCAGACUCUGGCAUUGAAGAGGACAGUGGAGGAGAUGGCAGUGGGAAUAGCCAAGGAACAGGUAGCAGUGAGGGCAAGGAAGUCCCCCCUUUCCCCUCGUCUCCGAGUGCUGUGCCAGUUGUAUCCUUAGCUCCAAUGACUGUUCCUGAGGUGUUCACGCCAUUGCCUGUCAUUGCUGUGCAGAGAAAUCCAGUUUUCCCAAAAUUCAUUAAAAUAGUUGAGAUUAGUAACAAGCCACUGAUGGAGCUUAUAAGAAGAAAGGUGCGUCUAGCUCAACCCUAUGCAGGACUGUUCCUGAGAAAAGAUGACCAAGAACCAGACUCAGAGGUGGUGGAUAGCCUGGAUAACAUCUACAACCUUGGUACUUUUGUUCAGAUCCAUGAGCUGCAAGAUUUGGGUGACAGGCUACGUAUGAUUGUGAUGGGACAUAGGAGAAUAAAGUUGACAUCAGUUUUGGACAAUGCUGACAUUUUUGCUGACAAACAGUCACAGAAAGGAGAAGAAGUAAUUUCAGAAUCUGAGGGAAGUGAAGAUGCCUUGGGCACAGUGGCUGACAACCAGGUGCUGAUGGCAGAAGUGGAGAAUGUUGUACAUCAUCCAUUCAAGACAUCUGAAGAAAUCAAGGCACUGACUGCUGAAGUUGUGAAAACUGUACGAGACAUUAUUGCGUUGAAUCCGUUGUACAGAGAAUCUGUUGCUCAAAUGAUCCAAGCUGGCCAGAGAGUCAUUGACAAUCCUGUGUAUCUUAGUGAUUUAGGUGCUGCGCUGACUGGAGCAGAACCAGCUGAGCUUCAGGAAGUUCUAGAAGAAAUGAAUAUACCUAAGAGGCUGAUGUUAGCACUCAGUCUUCUCAAGAAAGAGUAUGAAGUGAGCAAACUCCAGCAAAGACUUGGUAAAGAGGUAGAGGAGAAAGUGAAAACAGCUCAUCGCCGUUACAUGCUCCAAGAACAACUGAAGAUCAUCAAGAAGGAAUUGGGCUUGGAGAAAGAUGAUAAGGAUGCCAUAGAAGAGAAAUUCCGAGAGAGACUCAAGGGCAAGGAAGUACCAAAGCCAGUCAUGGAUGUCAUCGAUGAAGAGAUGAACAAAUUGUCUUUCCUUGAUAACCAUUCCUCAGAAUUUAGUGUGACCCGUAACUACCUGGAUUGGUUGACACAGUUGCCAUGGGGAGUCUUCAGUGAUGAGAAUCUUGAACUGAAGACAGCAAGGGAAGUCCUGGAGAGGGAUCACUAUGGCAUGGAGGAUGUCAAGAAACGCAUUCUGGAGUUCAUAGCAGUGAGCCAGUUAAAGGGAUCCACCCAGGGAAAAAUCUUGUGUUUCUAUGGACCACCAGGUGUAGGCAAGACCAGCAUAGCAAGGUCUAUUGCUAGUGCACUCAACAGACAGUACUUCAGGUUCAGUGUUGGUGGAAUGACAGACGUGGCCGAAAUCAAAGGACACAGACGUACCUAUGUUGGAGCCAUGCCUGGUAAAGUCAUCCAGUGUCUGAAGAAAGUGAAGACUGAAAACCCUCUCAUUCUCAUUGAUGAGGUUGACAAGAUUGGCAAGGGUUACCAAGGUGACCCAUCCUCAGCGUUAUUGGAGCUCCUUGACCCUGAACAGAAUGCCAACUUCCUAGACCACUAUUUAGAUGUUCCUGUUGACCUCAGCAAGGUGCUGUUUAUAUGCACUGCCAAUGUGAUUGAUACCAUUCCCGAACCAUUGAGGGAUAGAAUGGAACUGAUUGAUGUGUCUGGAUAUGUACCACAGGAGAAGGUGGCUAUUGCCAAGAGGUACUUGGUCCCACAAGCUCGUGAGCAAACAGGCAUCAAUCAAGAAAAGGUAGUGAUCGGUGAAGAUGUCCUCAAUACACUCAUUAAGGCUUACUGUAGAGAGAGCGGUGUGCGUAACCUCCAGAAGCACAUUGAAAAGAUUUUCCGGAAGUCUGCAUUCCAGAUUGUUAGUGACAAGUCUGAACGAGUUGAAGUGAAUGACAGUAAUCUUCAUGAGUACGUGGGCAAACCAGUCUUCACUAGCGAGAGGAUGUAUGAUAAAACUCCAGCUGGAGUUGUCAUGGGACUGGCAUGGACUGCCAUGGGUGGUUCAACACUGUACAUAGAAUCAGCUUUGCGUAAGGCGGGUACCACCGACACAAAAGGUGCAUUUGGCUCAUUGGAAAUCACUGGUAACCUUGGCGAUGUGAUGAAGGAGAGUGCCCACAUUGCCUACACAGUUGCCAAGUCCUUCUUAUUCACCGAAAAGCCAGAUAACAACUACCUAGAGACUAGCCACAUCCAUUUACAUGUACCUGAGGGUGCCACACCAAAGGAUGGCCCCAGUGCUGGCAGCACGAUUGCCACAGCACUAAUAUCACUGGCUCUCAACCGACCAAUCAGACAGAACAUUGCCAUGACUGGAGAGGUGUCUCUCACUGGUAAGAUUCUGCCAGUUGGAGGAAUCAAGGAGAAGAUUAUUGCUGCUCGCAGGGCUGGUGUUGACUGCAUCCUACUCCCAGCUGAGAACAGAAAAGACUUUUCGGACCUGCCAAAUUUCAUCACAGAAGGCUUGGAAGUGCACUUUGUUGAAAACUACAGAGAAAUAUACAGCAUUGUCUUCCCUUGAUUAAGAAAAUAUGCAUAUCCUUCAUUUUAGUGUUUGUAGAUAAAGAGAGUGUAGGCCUGCCUUAAUUUCAAAUGUAGAGAUGACCAUGUUCAUUUGUAAUGACUGAUCAUGCCUCAUGCUCAAUCUGUAUCAAUACUGUUGUACCAUUUGCACUGACAAAAUUUGAGAGACUUACAGAUAACACUAAAAAGAAAAAAUGUGUUUCAAGUAAAAACAAAAAAUACCCAGAAAAGACAAGUUUACAAAACUAUUUGAAAAGCUUUGAUGAAUGCAUCAAGUACUCCCCCAAAACAUGUGUGCCUAUCAGGGCAAUCUAGUAGUGCCCUUGUUGUACUGAUAAAAUGAACAUUGGGAAAGACAUGAUACGGAUAAGUAGCCUCUUGCUGAAAUUACUGGUAAAGAAUUCAUACAUGGCAUCUAUUAAAACAGAUUCAACCCAACAUAAAUGACAGACAGAUAGAAUAUGUUACUCCAUGAGUUGAAGCUGAGUAUGUUGCAGUGCUUUUAGUCGAGUACUUGUUUCCGAGUACAGAGUACUGCCAAGUACUUAGAUGUCUGAGUACAUAAAAGUCUGAGUACUUUGCCAACCGAGGUACUGGUUUUCAAGUACAAGUACUUAAACGCAUGAGUACUUGUACAUGCAUCUCUGAGUGCGAGUACUUCCGAUUCCCUAAACAAAAAGCUUCACUUAGGUGUGUAAGUCCAUUUUGUACAAAUUUAUCGGCAGGGCCUACUCUUUGAAGCCAAAUUGUACUAAUGUUGAUACAAAUGACAUGA